UUGUCGUACGAUAAAAUUGUAAGUAUUACUACCGAUAAUGGCAGUAACAUCGCUAAAGCCGUUGAGAUUACUUUUGGUCGAGCUAAGCAUGUUCGGUGCUUAGCUCAUACCCUUAAUCUAGUUGUAGACAAUUCAGUAAAUAUACCAGAAAUUAAAAUUUUCUUGGAUAAGGUCCGAAAAAUUGUAGCUUGGUUCCACCAGAGUGGUGUUGGUGCUGAGGAAUUGAGACAAUUGCAAACCGUUCAAAAUGUUUCCGAGGGAAAAUUAAAACAUCUCGUUGGGGACGUUUCAACAAGGUGGAACUCGCAACUAUACAUGAUUGAACGUUUAAUUUUAUUGAGCAGCAAUAUAGGAUCUGUUUUGAUAAAUCACCCAAACGCGCCCUCAAUGCUUCAAGCACAUGAAAUUGUGGUGCUCAAAGAAAUUCAAAAAAUUUUAAAGCCUUUUCAUAGCGUCACUGAACAAAUGAGUGCGGAAAAAUACGUUACUCCCAGCAAAGCUAUACCGAUUAGCAAAUGUUUGAGAGCUGCGUUAGAUACUGUUACACCAACAAGUCAUUUGGCAAAACAACUGAAACAGUCCUUACAAUCAGAAUUCAAUAAAAGAUUUGAAAACAUCCAAAAAGUGCACCUUUUUUCAGUUGCAACGUUUUUGGAUCCUAGAUUCAAAAAAAAUCAUUUAGAUGAUGACCCUUCAUCCUUAUCGAAAACAAUACAUUAUAUCAAGACAUAUUUAAACUGUCCUACUAGAAAUGACGAUAAUUCGGGAGCAGCUAGAUAA